CGCCCUCCGCCAUCCCAGCAUGCACUGCGAGGUCUGCAGUAUAUUAUUGACAAAGAAAAAAGGCUGGAGAGAAACAACAACAGGGUGGGUUCAGAAGCACAGACCCUGGUGAUAGCACUAACGUUAUACGAACCCGUGUGCUGACAACAAGUACCAUGUCCUGGCCCUGAGGCGAUGAGAGCGGGAAGUGCUAUUUCCACCUAAAGGGAGUUUGCGCAGCUUGAUAGUUUGUGGAGAGAGGGGUGGGGGGCCCAGGCAGACCGCGGACGGGGAAGGGGAAGAGCUCAGCUGGAGCCAAUGCAGCAGCAGCAUCGACAGCCUGAGCUGGUGGAAGGAAGCCUUCCUGUGUUCGUGUUCCCCACUGAGCUCAUCUUCUACGCAGAUGAGCAGACGUCUCACAAGCAGGUGCUCACCCUCUACAACCCCUAUGAGUUCGCCCUCAAGUUUAAAGUGCUGUGCACAGCGCCAAACAAGUACACUGUGGUGGAUGCCACCGGAGCUGUCAAGCCACAGUGUUGUGUUGACAUAGUAAUCAGACACAGAGAUGUGCGUGCAUGCCAUUAUGGGGUGUACGACAAGUUCCGACUGCAGGUGUCGGAGCAGAGUCAGCGGAAAGCUCUGGGUCGCAAAGAGGUGACGGCUACGCUCCGUCCCUCAGCCUCACAGGAGCCGCCCAGCCCCCGGCCACAAGAUGAGGAACGCAGAAUCAAAGAGCAGUUUGCUGACAGCGAGUUUUUUGAACAGACUGCAUUUCAGACAGAGAGCCGUCCUGUUGCUGGAGGCCCCAGUCUGCUGACGGUGCUGCUUGGGCUGGUGUGUAUGGCCGCCCUGAUGCUCCCGACCCUGGGGGAGCAAGAAUCUACUGUGCCUGUCUACCUCCACUUAAGUGUUAACAAGAAACUUGUAGCUGCUUAUGUUCUCGGUCUUCUUACAAUGGUCAUCCUACGCACAUGAAGUGCUGUGAGCUGAGAAGAGGAGGGGACGUGAUGUAAAAGACGAGGAGAACAUUCUCACACCGGAGGCACUGCUACGCUUCGAUGAGUACAGCUGACCGGGGUGCGGGGUACUUAUUCAAAUCACCCCGUCCCCUGAUAAAUACAUUUUAGUGUACUUAUUUUCAAAUCCACAUAUUUGUGUUAAUACAUAAUUUGACACAAUACUGAACUGAUGCAAACAGUGGAGACUUCCAGUUUGCAGGUCAAAGGAGGUGGUGUGAGAGGAGCUGUCCCUGCGCAGGGCCUGUGAAGAAACAUGAGGCCAUUUAAAAAGUGUUGUUUGGCCUCAUUCCCUGCAUCUGUAUUUCUAUUGCCAUUAUGUAACAAUAUGGUUAACUUGAGUGUGAAGGAAUCAACAUGCAAACAUGAUACAUGUAUAUAAAGCCAUUAACAUUUUGUUAUGGUAUUCACCUGUAACCAUCAUUAUAUUGAUGUUUUAAAGCGUUUUUAGAGUAGACUGAGGACUAAAUGCAGUUAUUUGCAUGUUGCCUAUCUGAAUGAGUUUUUGGUUGUUUUUUUGUUUUUCUUCCCCGCAAUAGGAUACUUUUAUAUGUCACCAAAGGAAAGAUCGUUUGAAGACAAUGCUUUGUUCGCCAUACUAUAAUCAAUGCUCCAUCAAACGUUUAAUAAAGUCUCAAUACAGCUGUCUGGUA